AUGAAAAAAGUGAAAAAAUACAGUAUAAUUAACUUGUGUCUUUUAAUUAUACUUAAAGUGGAGUGUAUUUGGUACCUCGAGAAUCCAAAUGAACGUAUAGGCCCAGAAAAUGGUACAACACCAGUACCAGAACCUGCUGUGCCAGUAGGAGGAGGAAAUCAAACAAUUCCAAGUCAACCUGGUCAACCUCCUCCAAAUAAAGAGGCGCUGAAUUCAAAUGAUAUUCAAGAUGGAAUAAUCGUAAAUAAAACUUUAUUCGGAGGAGUGCACGCGGAAUCUGACUCGACAUUCAAGGCAGUUGGAACGGGAGGAUUUCGAAAGUAUGAUGCGUCAAACGCAUUGACACGAGGAGGAGGAUAUUGGUGCAGCGAACAUGAUUUGAUGAACGAUAGAAUAGUAAAAUGGACAGCAACACUGAAAACGAGUUUAGUGUUAAGAGGAGUGAAGAUAUAUUGGCAGUAUUCACCAUCAUACGUGUCCAUAUGGGUGUCGAACGAAGAAAACGGGCAAUUCGUGCAAGUGUUGCCCUUUCAGUCAUGCGAAAAUGUUGGAGAGGAGCAGGAGCUGAUAUUUCCGAAGAAAAUAAGAGCAAAGUAUGUUCAAAUAAGAAUGAAGGGACAAGUGAAUGGAUACUUCGGAAUAACAUUUGUCCAGUUCAUAGGAGAGGAGAAUCCAGUGUUCAGAAUACAGUCAGGAAUAACAUCAGUGGAGGAUAUGUGCCUGCAAGUGGACACGACGGGAGAGGUGGUGCUGGAGAGUUGCAUAACGGCAAUAUCGAAGUUUGAGUUCAAGGACGUGUGGAGAUAUAACAAUAAGAGACAAGUGUAUAGCCCAGUAUCAAACCUGUGCCUGACGUUGGAAAACAACGUAGAAACUGAAGGAGGAACGUUGAGAAUGUUGCCGUGCAAGAAUGAAAAGGGAGAAGAUUACACGGAUGGAAGAAACUCGUGGACAUUUACGUCGAAUAAUCAAAUUAAAAUGAGGAGGCCAGGAAACCUGUGCUUAUCGCAAAAGGGCUCAUCAGCAGGAAUGGCAAACGUGGCACUCAAUAAAAUAGCAAAAUCCAAUUACUCGAUACUGAAUAAGGAGGAAAACGCAGCGGAGAGAGCAUUGGACGGAAACGCAAAGAGCUACUGGGUAUCGAGGAAGUUUAAGCUGGAGGAGGGGAGGACGGUGGAUUUCAUAAUAGACCUGCAGGAAAGUUAUAAGCUGCAGACAAUAAAGGUGGACUGGCACUAUCCAGCACUGAGUUACAACAUAUACACGAAAAACGAAGUAGAGUGGGAGUUGUCGAAGAACGUGGGAGCGAACACGUUGAAGAGCACAAUAGAUUAUUUGAACGAUAAGCAAGCGCAGUACAUAAAGAUAGAGAUGAUGAAAAUUAACCCGGAAUACAGCGACGAGAGUGGAUAUGCGCAGUACGGAAUAGGUAACGUGGCAGUGUACACGAAUAAGCUUAAGACGAUAGUGGAGCCGUGUGAAACAGCAAGACACUCAAAGGACGCAAGAGAUAAGUAUUUCCUAGAGUCGGUGCACAAAUUGGACAUGAAAAACAUACUGCCAAUAAAAAAAGCAGAAGAAAAAAUAGAAGAUAUGGUUAAGAAAAUAGAAGCGAAGUUGGCAGAAAUAGAGAAGCUGAACGCGAAGAUAUCAAAGUGUAAAAAUAGGCACGAAAGUUACUACAAUAAGGUGGAGCAGAUGAAGAGAGUGUACAAAACGAGUUUGGAAAAGUUAUCGCAAGUGGACGUGCACGUGACACCGAUAAAGGCAGCAGAGUGGGAGAAGAGAGAGUUCACGGACUGCGUCCAGAUAAAAAACCUGGGAGAAAACAAGCCGAGUGGGUUCUACGACAUAACACCAGUGUGCGGGAGCGAGAAGGUGAGAGUGUACUGCGACAUGUACACUGGGUCGUCGUACUACGUAACGAUGGGCCUGUCGGACGUGGUGGACGAGUGUGCCAAAUACGGGCUGCAUCCGCUCCACAUUCAGCACGAAAAACAGGUGGAUUCACUGGCGAUCAUGCUGAAGACGAUGGAAGUGCCGCCAGGAAGCCUGUUCCCAAUCGCAGUAAAGGUGGGACAGACGCUGAGGUCACUGGACCUGAAGGUGGACGUGUCGAAGUACGUGAGCGUGGAGGACCUGGAAGAGGGAAACGUGCUGGGAGUGAAGAAGGAGGGAGCGGAGAUGUACGACGGAAGAGACAAGGACAUGGCAGGAGUAAUAUGCUCGACGAACUAUUCGAGCGUAAAAUUGCCGGAAGAGAUUCCAGGGGUAGGGUGCGGAACGAGAAUAACGGACGAAGCGAGCUUCCCGAAGAAACCAGGCUCAAAGUUUAAGAUAAGGUGCCCGCAAAACUGCCACGAAACUAACGAUAACUACGAAGUGGAAGGAGGCAAGGACGGACUGUACUCAUUUAACAGCUCGCUGUGCCUAGCAGCAAUACACGCGGGAGAGUACGAUGAUAAGGCGGCACUGCAAGUGGAAAUAUUCGCGUCGCCAGAGGAGCUGGACGGGUUCUACCAAAACGGAAUCAACAGCGCAAGCGUGUCGACAACACUAGGAGACUUCGCAUUCACAAUCAAGAGAGUGGAAAGUAACUGCAAGUUUAAGAAGGGGAAGAAGGUAGUGAGGGAUUUCAUAAGACGCACAAGGGAAAAGCAAAUUAAGCAAGGUGCGAAUGCAAGUUCAGCUGCUAAUGCGAGUGGUAUUCCACGUGCAAAUUCAGUUGCAGGUGCAAACGAGAAUAAAGGUGAUGUAAAUGAGCAACAGGCGCCUAAAAGUGUUCAACAGGAAAAUAAAAGUGAACCAAAUGAAAGCAAGCCACAGGAGUCUAAAAACGAACAAAAAGAUAAUAGCACAGAGGAACCAAAUAAGACUGCGAAAGAUAAUAACACAACGAAAGAUAACAAACCACCGGCACCUAAAAACGAACAACAACAACAAGAAGAAGAAGAUGAAACAGAUAGUUAUAGAGAGUUUGAAGGGCAACUUGAAAAGGUUCCACCAGUGGUGGAAGUGAAUGAGCAAAAAAGAAGAAAGAAAACAAACAUGAUGCCAAAUGAAAUGUCAACGGGAGAAGCAAUACAUUCACUAAUAGAACACAUAUACGCACAAAAUACAAAGGGGUCGCCAAUAUUUUUGGACUUAUUUAGAGAUCACACAGGAUUGGUACUGGCGAACACAAGAGACCUGAUAAAAAAAGCAGAUUUGAAAAAGUUGCCAGGACAAAGUAUGUUUGUAAAUUUAAAUCAUAAAGUGGAACACAUGGGAAGUUCAAUACAGCUGAUAGCAUCGCAAAUAUCGUACAGAAGGCAGAUGAUAGUUCAGAAGAUGGAAAAGCUGAUGAAGGAAAAGAGCAUGUAUUCAUCGUUUGAGUCGUUUGCACUGCUGAAAACGAAGCAGGAGAGUCUGUUUAGUAACUUCGUAGUGGAGACGACGAGUGGAAGUAAGGGGAGUCCGACGUGGGUGAUGAGUGAACUGAACGUAAAAAACAGCACGGAGUUGACAGUAUCGCAAAUGUCGCAAAUAAUACCGCCUAACAACACAAUAGCAGGGUCGUACCUGGUGUUGAAAAAUCGCAAGUUCUUCGACUUCAUAUUCUCAACGUCGAUUUACGCAGGGAGUCCAGGGAGUUUGGGAGUAGCAUUCAGAAUAGUGGACAUGAACAACUACUAUCUACUGCAGCUUAAGCAGAGUAACGGAGGAUUCAAGAGGCUGAUAAGAGUGAUAGACGGAGAUCCAUAUGAACUGGCGAGAGUGGAGGACGGAGGAUUCAUAGAAGAAGUAUGGUACCACGUGAGGGUAGAGACGAGGCAGAGUAGACUGAUGAUAUCAGUGGUGCAGGGAGAAGAUGAAAUUUUUGAGACGCCGAAGGCAGUGAUAGACGUAAUAGACUCGACGCACGCAAGUGGAACAGUGGCACUGUACACAGGGAAGGUGUCGUACGCGCACUUCAAGAGGUUUAACGUGGAGGCACUGUCGUGUCUGAGGUACGACUCGCCGCCACUGCCACCAGAUCCGCCGUUUUGCAGCAUAUUCAGAGAGGAUUACCUGUCAAACUUCUCAAACAACUGGGCAGUGUAUAACGCAAAAGGAGACUGGAAGUUCGACAAGGAGCUUAUGGGAGAGGAGAGAGUGAUAGUGAACAGCAUGAAGUUGGGAGCGCAGGAAGACGCGGAGCCGACAAUAGCAGUGCUGAAGAACCACAAGAGCUGCACAUACGGAAUAUUCACAGCCUCAGUGCUGACGCAGUGCGACUUUGGAGCGGCAGGGCUCGUGUUCAGGUUCCACAACGCAGGAGAGUUCCUGAUGCUGGAGCUGUCGCCGAAGUACGCAGCACUGAAGCAGAUGCACAAGGGAGCGCUGGAAACAUUGACGGAAACGAACUUGAAGGGGCUGCAGCUCAACGUGUGGACGACGUUCUCGGUGACGUUCAACGACGACACGAUGACAGUGGCAACGGGAAGCCCAGACAACUCAGACCUGCUGUUCCUGAACAUCAGAGCGUCCCAUGAGCUGAAGCAGGGAGGAUCAGUUGGUCUCGCGAGCGUAAACUGCACAGGAGUGGCGUUCACGAACGUGGCGCUGAAGCCGAUAUAUAAGAGCGGCGAGGGAGCAGUGGGAGCGCAGGAGCGUUCGGAGGAGGACCAGAGCAGCCCGAGGUGCCUGUCAGUGGACAGAAAGGCAGAGUGCGAGAAAAUGGCGCCGCAGAGCCUCGAGGCAUGCGAGGCGAACUUCUGCAGCCACUGCUGCCAGCUCCACUACGGCGCGAAGGAGGCGCAGGCGGUGUGCGAGGAGCAGUGCGCGAGGCAGGACGAAAAGGUGGCCUUGGUGGAAAGGUACCUGGACCAUCUGUGGUACAACUGCUCGAGCACGAAGUUCAUCGAUAAGGCGGAGUGCGAGGACCGAGACUGUAAAGCGCGAAAUAACGAAUUUACAGCCAACGUCUGUGGAAUGUGUUGCGAGUCGUCGAAACCGCACGAGUCAAUGUCGAGUCUGCUAAACGGAAUAGCGAAGAGCAGGUGCAAAAACAUGUGUAAAUAUAUUUAA